AUGCUCACCCGAAUGAGGAUUGGACAAAGAUAUCCGAUCUGGCGGAGAGACGUCGGAUCCAGAACAGAAUCGCUCAACGGAAUUACCGUGAGACCUCUUUCUUCUGUCAACAUCAACACAUUUGAUUCGGAUAACUGGGUUGGUUUGCUAACGGGCCUAACUACAGGCAAGAAGCUAAAGAAGAGGCAAGAGGACCAGCUCAGGCAGACAACCUCUUCUCCCGAACACUCGCCUGACGAGAGCAGCUCGGUCAGGGAUGAACCCUACGCAGCUGAAUCGGAGAGCAUCGAACAACACACAGCCCGGUCACUGAAGCCUGUUCUACGGCCGAGACUGUCGUCAAGCUCGCCCCCUACCAACUUUCAACUGACGCAGGAAUCACCACCACCUCUCUAUUCUCAGUCGUAUGAAAGCGUCAGCUCUAUAUCCUCGGCUCCCAUGGUCACGUAUUCUCCCUAUAGCACGCAUUCAGAUGGAUCUAUAUCUGCGUCAUACUCCUGUGCUCCUCUACCAGGGGUAAUACCGGAUAUCUAUGGUGGCCAGGGCCAGCGGCUGGGGUUCGAUGGUCCAGAGCCUUCAAUAUCUCCCCCAUACUUUGUAUCCCCCAGACCAGAAAGAUACUGCGGCAUUGAUGUUGAUUACCUUACCUCGUCCGAUUUGGCAGUCACUUCCACCGCAACGAUCGCGGCGACCAUGCCUCCAUACAUGAAGAUGUCGGACCCGAUGUACCAUUACGACUACUCAGACCUGUACCCAAUUUCUACCGCUCCGGGGAGCAGCUCAACGUCGCAACGAUACUAA